UUUCCGGGUCAUGCCGCAUUCGUUAAAAGCGAAGGGGAUAAAAGUACGGCUAGUUGGUGAUGAGAUGCGUAUUUGCGAUGCAGGAUGGAAUUGUAAAGCGUACCUUAAACUAAUAUUAUAGAAGAGAUUUCUGUUUUCUUUAUAUGAAAAUGAGUGUAGUUGAUUCAUCCGAGGUGCUGCAAGACCGGUUAGAGGCUCUGCAUCAACUGACUGAGUUUACCCAAAACUGUCGCACACAACUGACCGAGUUACUCGAGGUGCUGGGAUGGAGCUGGGACAAUUAUUCAUCACAGUCUUGUGUUGUGCAGCAGGAUAAAAUGGACGUGUGCCCCUAUGACCCCAAUCACACAGUUCCGCAUAAGAGCAUUGAGAGCCACAAAACAUCUUGUCUGCUCAACCAAUUAGGAUACUCCAAAGAAGAACAGGCUGAGAUGUAUGAUCCAUCAUUUUGCUAUGAGAAGGCCAACAUUCCCACCAUUAAACUGGAUAAACAUGCACAACAUCAGGUAAUUGUGCAGGCCCGGGCAAACGCUCUUCCUGUUCAGUCAACUGGAAUCUACUGCCAAAAAGAUUACUCCACUGAGCCUGCAGAUGUGCCACAGAACCACAAGCGAGCUAUAUGCGACCUCACAAUGGCUGACCGAUUGGCUCUGUAUGAUCACGUGAUACUGGAGGCCAAACAGCAGAGAGUGAAUGCAUCCAACAAUGAGGAUCUUUAUGUGGAUCUUGUGUCCAAACUUAACAAAGAUGAGGAGAGAAGUGGUCCAAAGUCUCACCUCGAGGUCUUGGCUGAGAUGAGAGACUACAGGAGACGGCGCCAAUCAUACAGAGCAAAAAAUGUUCACAUUACUAAGAAAUCUUACACAGAGAUCAUUCGUGAAGUGAUUGAUGUCCACUCGGGGGAGCUGGCCAAGCUGUGGCAGGAGGAGAAAGAAGAAGAAGAAGAAGAAGAGGAGGAGACCAAAAUUUCACAACACUCCCACAGGAGGCCGCCAGAUGAAGUCCGCUCUGCCUCUGUUGAGUCACGCGAAUCUCACAUGAGUUCUAGGGAAGAGACCAACUCUCACCACAAACAUCCCCAAAAACACAGCCGUGAGCACAGUCAAGAGCGGGGCAACAAAAGGAGAAGAACGAGGGAUUCCCACUCUCCUGAACACAGACAUCACAAGAAAAAGAAGAAAAAGCAUAAGUCAUGACUAGUUCUGUUGGGUUGGGACUUAGCAGGUCAGAACUGACCAUUGUAAUGAUUUCAAGCAAGUGAAAACAUUAGGCAGAUGUAGCCCUAUAGUGUACUGUUAGAUUUUUAGAUUACAAGCUUUUGUUCUAUUACUUUGUUCAAUGUGGAAUUUCAGCAUGUACAAUUGAAUAAAAGGAUAUGUGAAUCUUAA